GGCCUCGUUGGUCACCUAGGUGACCGCGGAUGAAACCAGAAUAUGGAAUCUUCUGGUCGCACAAACAACAUGUACAUAAAAUUACUCGCACCGGCCGGGUAUCUCAUUCUAGAGUACAAACACAAGCACGCUUCCUCGAGUUUUCAAUCCUCGAAUAUUUUUCCGAGACCUUACCUACACGAAAGCGCCUCGCAGCAAACAAAAACUCAAAAUGUCGCAUCGACGUACCAACAACUCGACGAAAGCCGAGAUCGUCACAUCUCAAAUCUUUGCAUCGGGAACAUUCAAAAACGUUUGGGCAGGUCACUACACCGAAGGCGACCGCAAAGGCCAACCCUGCGUGUCCAAAGAAUUCAAAACCGGCUCCGUAUACGAAAAACACUAUUUCCACGAAGAGCUCGAGAUCAUCCGACGCACGCAAGAAAUCGUCGAUGACUUCCAUACGGCGAGCAUUAUCCCCGGGCGAGAGAUUAUCGUCAAUACGCCUGCAAUCUGGACGUAUGAGAAUAGUGCGGGGACAAAGGCUGGACAUAAAAGUUUGGUGGAGCCGAUGAUUGAGAAUUUCGAAAAGUUUAAUAGUAAUACCGGGUGGACGGGACAGGAAACAGUGUGGAAUGAUGCGAUGCAGGCGCCGAGUCAUUUCUCCUAUCAUGAUUCUGGGGGACGCUUUUUGUUGUGUGAUUUGCAAGGUGGUUUGUAUAGUGAUGGGUACAUUCUCUCAGACCCAGUCAUCAUGUCUCAAGCACAUGAUUGCGGACCCGCGGAUCUGGGAAACGAUGGAAUCAAAUCGUUCUUCGAGAGACAUCGCUGUGGACAAUUCUGCGAUCGGAAUUGGGUUAAGCCUGCUCUUACGGGGAGGGCCCCCAUCCCGAUGCGUCAAGGAACUACGAUGGAGUGUCCCCCAACUCGUUAUGAUCGCAAUCCUCUGUCCAGAUUAAGAGAGUAUUAGUGAAGGGAUUGAUGAUCGAAGUUGUGACGGGAGUGGAAUUGCUAGUUCAUCUGUUUGAUCAUGCUGGUGGUUCGAGAAAGUGCUCGGCGUUGUGGGAGCCAUGCAAGAUGUGAGGUUGCUAAGUAACGCUUGAAGUAGCAUGAUUAGCCGAGGAAAUCCAAAUUUAGAAAAUACACCUUCUCCAUUGUGUGACUUAAGCGAUAGAUAGCAAGAAUAUCGAGUCGCCCCCAACUCA